CUUCACCUCUGUCGCUUGGCCAGGACACCGGACAAUACUCUGUGGACGCGUAGAAGAACUUGAGCAAGGACCUACUCACCAUGGCGGCUCUUCUCAACUCCCAUUUGGAGCAAAUUUCAUUAUGCGCCACUUCGAUAGCAGAACUUCCCUUUCCUGGACCCAAGAUGUUCACCAAUGCGUUACUUUCUCAGCACGACAUUACAUCUUUGAUUCGAGAUACAGAGCAACACGAGCGAGCGCUGUUUCAUCUGGCUCCGCCACCUCUUCCAGGAGCACCGGGCAACAAUGACUCGAACAACACCUCGAAUCCGGCCCCGGCAUCGACUGCAAAGACACCCAAGCGUCGAGCUACUGUCUAUGGCCAAAGGCAGCCCAAAAGCAGGGCCGUAGCUGCUGUGUUAGGCGGCGAUCUGUACAAUCGUACACGCCAAGAGUCCGCAGCUGCUCGAAUCAAAGGCGAGAUGGAUGUCGAAGUCCUGCUUGAGGGUGCAGAGAGAUUAUUGGCAGUCUACAAUAUCCCUGGAACCGCAGACAAGAUCUCCCAAUUACGCAGUCGGCACCGACAAUUGACUGCCAACAUCAAGCACUAUGAAGCGAAAGUCAAUCAACAAACUGAAGAUCUCGCGCGCAUGAAUCGACUACCCGUGUCAGAUGAUGACGAGGACCUGAUACCAUACGAGGACGAGGACAGGACGAUUACCGGUCCUUUGAUCACGAAGGAGGACUUGGAGAAGGAAGAAGCCGAGAUUAGAGAACUCGAGAAGAAGAAGCAGACGCUGAGUGAGCGAGUCAACGACAUGGAAAAGGAUCUGGGUGGCUUGAUGCGAUGAGAACGUGUUUGCCAACCAACAUUCCCACAACCACUGAUAUUGAACUGUCCAUGAAACGGACGACGUUGUGCACCCGAAAGCUUGCACGGCAAGACGCGUACUCUGAAUUCGUGACGGAGCGUACCAUGCGCAGACUGUGCGACCAGAAACAUUCACGAAGCGAUAGUUUCGAUCAAAAGGAAUGACUAGGUCUGAGGUCUUGGCCAUGGAGGCUAGCAAUGAACAUUUUGGAGCCACUUGAAGACCCAUCGCCCAAUGUUGGCCAACGGUCGUUAGUGGCACCACGAUCGAAUGCACGCCAUGCAGGCCGGGUGCUCAAUAGGGAGAGAUCGCGGCGAAUAGCAGGUUGUAGCCCGUA